AUAGAUAGAUAGAUAGAUAGAUAGAUAGAUAGAUAGAUAGAUAGAUAGAAAGACGAGACUCUCACCUCAGGGUCUGUGCGAGGACAUGAGGGAGGAGAGAGCCUGAUGAUGAAGUGACUUUGGGUGUGUACCGCGCUCCUGCAUUCUUCACCCACACCAGCUCUUUGGUGGCUCGGUCAAGAUGUGAGCGGAUGAUUUCUUUUGUUUAACGCCGUGGACGUCCUGGGGGUUUUCGUUUUGUACUUUUGACACAUUUCCCCCUUCCCAUCCCAUGCGCUGUGGGGGCCAAUGGUUGAUUUGAAGGUGUAUUUACUCUGAUCUGGAUUAGCUACUGAAGCCUGAUGAAGAAUAAGGCUGCCAAGCUGAAGUCCAAAAGGAAAGGAACUGAAAAUGCAUUCGGCUGUGACUUGACCGAACAUCUGCAGAAUUCAGGACGAGACGUUCCUUACGUUCUGAAGACUUGCACAGAGUUCAUAGAGAAACAUGGGAUUGUGGAUGGAAUCUACAGACUCUCAGGAAUCACAUCUAACAUUCAAAAACUCAGACAGGAGUUUUGCUCUGAAGCCUGUCCUGACCUCACUAAAGAAGCGUAUCUUCAGGAUAUCCACUGCGUGGGCUCUUUAUGUAAACUGUACUUCAGAGAGCUCCCCAACCCUCUCCUCACUUACGAACUCUACAAGAAAUUUACAGAUGCAGUGUCCGUUAAAGAGGAGCAGCAGCAACUCCUAAACAUCAGGAGUGUCAUAAAAGAACUUCCUGCUUCACACUUCAGCUCCAGGGAGGUAGAAGUGCCCUCCUGCAAUGGUGAUAUAGCAUUUCUGGAGGUGCGGGUCCAGCAGUCAGUCGUGGAGUUCAUUCUCAACCACACUGAGCAAAUCUUCAACCUGGAUCUUCAGCCAUGCAAGUCCAGAGAAGGCCCCAGCAUGGCGUGUGGGGAGAAGUACGCCACCUUGCCUGCCAGCACGCAGUCUGGCCCCAUGAAGCUCAUGAGUCUGGAAGAGGCGCAGGCUCGCUCUCUCAGUCCCAACCAUCCAGCGAUGAGAGAGAGACAAAGAGAGAACAGCCUUCCAGAUACCAGCACUGCUGCAAUGUACCACACAGUAAUAGAUCUGUCUGACAGCAGGAGCAAAUUCUCAGGAAAAUCUAAGAAGUGGAAGUCCAUCUUCAGUCUUGGGCGAUCUGUCAUCGACUCUAAAGGGAAGCUGAGUCGCAAUGGGAGUGUGUUUAUGAGAGCCCCAAAUCCCUCCGAAAAACCUGUUAUAAGGCCAUCCAAAAGCAUGGACUCUCUCUGUUCCUUUCAGGCAGCAGAUGAGCACAAAGCACCAACAGAAGGAAGCAAUGGUAUCUUUAUCCCAAGUCUAAAAUCCCGAACCCUGGGCUCGGGUAUCGACUACAAUCCAAACAAGAAGGAUCCAAAAUGGCACUCAGAUCCUCAUACUGCUUCGGGAGGAUGUGUGAAUGAGAAAAGAGAAAGAGCAUCGGAUGCCUCCUCUGCAUCUCCAUCUUUAUCCCCACUGCAGAAAACUCUUCCAGAACAGCUGAAGGUUUUCAAAGGUGAUGACCGCAGCGGCUGCCAGCCCACAUCUCCCAAAAACCGUCGGAUGCUGUAUUCUGGAUCUGCCAGUAGUGGAUCGUCUAGACCAUCUUUUCCAGGCAGCCUGUUUCCGCUGGAGUCGUCGCCGCGGCAACAACGGAAGGCCCUCAACAUUUCGGAACCCUUCGCGGUGUCUGUACCUUUGCGUGUGUCUGCAGUUAUUAACUCUAACAGCACCCCCUGCAGGGCACCGGGGAAAGAGAGGGACAGGGGUCUGGGGGGACUCUUUAAGCCCAGUAAGGAGGCUGGACCUCUGGAAGCCCGUCGCAGCGAAAGUAUUGGCACUGCUGGAUUGAGUGUCCCCAGCAGAAGCAGCAGUGGGAACUUCACGUUCACAGACUGGGAGACUGGACUAGCAGGUCACUCCAGCAGCACUGGGUUCAGAGAGCACCUGCUCAGUGACAGCAGCGGAGGCAGCGGAUGCAGUAUCUAUAGCAACAGCAGCCCUUUCCCCGUGGAAAACGAGGCUCAGACUGGGGAAAGAGAUAUUACAGAUGCGCUCACUCUGGGGACAACAAAGAGUAUGACGAUUGGCAAGGACGCAGAAGUGCGAGACCUGAUAGCCAAUGUGGAGAAUUCUGAACCUCAGGCGUCAUCUGAGACUAAAGAAAUAGUGAAAGAACUGGAAACUACAUCAACACAACAAGAAAUGGCAAAAUUGGACAAACUGGAAGUAAUCAAAAAGGUGCCAUCGUCUGGCAUGCAUCAGAAAGUUUCAGUCACCGAGGCUAAAACAAGCAUGCCAGGUGAACAGGUGAAGCCCCGCUUCACCAAUAUGACUGGAAACGAGGACACUUGCAAGCUAAGUGCACAGAGAAGAAGUAGUUUGCCUACAAACACUGUGAUGUCAAAGGGACUCUUUAUAGACCUUACCAAAAAUGUGACGUUUGAUCAUUCUGCUGCUACUACGUUUAAUUCUGUCACGAAGCAUUUCCCCGAAAGAUUGUUGUCAUGUGAUGGUGGCUGGAAUUACCUGGAUAAUGAAGCUGACAGGACAGACCACAAGAGCCUAGAGUCGCAAACCAUAAUAACAACCAGUCUAGAGCUUUCCCCAUUUCUCCACCUAAAGGAAACAGAUAUCCUCCAAGAUGCAGAGCCAUGCAGCGAAGAGGAACCAAGAACAGAGGCUGUUAGGAAAGACAACACUCCCAAAAGUGACUUGCCGGGUAAAUCGGACGUUCACACAUCUCUUCACUCUGACACGAAAGAGCCAUUGAUAACAAAGGAUAUUUGUAAAGAUGAAAAUAAGGAGGUUAGUGGUGAACCAAAGAAACUCGAUUUAGCAGAAAGAAUCAAGGGAAGUUUGGAAAGACUCUCGACUUGUCUGAAUGAACAACAGCGCACACUGGAAAGUUGUUGUCGAGAUGCUGUAGACACACGGGGGAGUAAUUUGGAUCAGGUUGAACCAUGGGAAGACUGGUGUUCUGCCAAGCAGUGGGUAACCAGCCCUCUGCACUCACCAAAACCUAUGCCAUGUCAAGCAACUCACAGCCAAGUUCUUGAAAAACCAAAAGUGGACGACUUGCCUAAAGAACCAGCUGUGCUUGAUGACAUUACACCAUCUCAAACAGAGGCUGCUGUGACAGCUGCCUGUGAACUCCGAAACAUUGACUUCCCGACAGGAAACAGAAAUGCAGACACAAAUGUAACUUGUUUUUCACCGAUAACAGAGCAUUGCGAGAGUGAUAACCUCAAGUGGAUGGGAGACAAAGACGACAGCAAACUUGAGAUUCCACAGGUUAAGAUACUGAAGGCAUUCACCGAUCCAGAUGAGACGGCUGCACUGCAAAACGUGAGCAAAGCAAAACAGAAACGCUCAUCUCAGAGAUUUCAUCGACAGACAUCCCAUGAGUCUGGCGUCGUGGAGAGGAGUCGUGAAGACAUUCAACCCAAACUCAGGCCAUGCUCCCUAAACCUGGAUUUAGGACACCAAGGUGUCAGAGACUUUUCAAACAGUCACUAUCUGAAAAGUGUACAACAUUCAGUUGCACAGGAAUGCACGACGCUUGAAGCCAUGCACGGUAGCUCGUCUCUAGAGUUGGAGCUGUUCCUGAGUGGCUCUAAGGCACCUGUGCGACGCAACUCGGCACCAGUCAGCGUGUCAUCAGUUCGCACUGCAUUCAUGAUCAAAACUUGCAAAGCUAAAGCUGUUCCUGUUAUUCCGCCAAAAAUUCAGUACAGCCACAUACCUCACGCUCUACCUGAGGGGAGCACCGAUCAAGUCAAUCAAAGUGCACCUGAAAAGAAACCUGCUAAGAGCAAGUUGGGAAAGGAGGAACUGCCAAGCAGUGAACCACCAUCAGCGAUUCCCAUGAACAACGCCACAUGCAAUUACAAACCGACCUCCGUUCCAGAUCUCCCAGUGUUGAGAAGGAAGCGAUCUGCAAAUGGAGACACCUUUAUGGAUCGCCCCAGACCUGAGCGCUCAUCGCUUCUUCAGAGAUCAUCCUUCAGAAAUCGUCCAAGACCUCAAAGUCUCAUCCUGUUCAGCCCUCCGUUUCCAAUCAUGGACUACCCUCCGGUAGGGGAUGACGGAAAACUGCUCCUAUCUCCUAUUAAAGCUGAAGCAUCACCAUUUGACGUCUAUGCAAAUGAACUAGCAGAAAACCUUAAAACUGCUGAAGGGGUAACCUUGCGUAAUAAAAUGACUUUGCCAAAGAGUGGACAAAGGCUUGAGACCUCAACCAGCUGCUUUUACCAGCCACAAAGGAGGUCGAUGAUAAUUGACAAUAGAAGUAACAGGCAAAUUGAAUAAGACAGCUAUUAUUGGCCAUCACGCAAUAACUAGUGAACUUCUUGCAUAUUAAAUGUGACCCUGGAGCACAAAACCAGUCAUAAGGUUCA